AGUAGGUUUGUUCCAUUAGAAUGAUCUGUGGAAGCAACCCUGGUUCAAAACCAUUGAAAAGAUUCCUUGUCAGAUCAGGUUACCCGGUGAUCUCAUAGCAAAAACCAUCCCAGCUGAUUGUCUGUAAUCAAUGACUAGAGCAACAACCAAGGAAUGUUUAAAUGUGAAUCCAAGAGACAGAUAAAGCUGUCAUUAGUUGCAAUUCACUCUUAAAUUUGUGAAACCACUGGUCUGAGACCAGCGGAAUGGCGGAACCACACGUAGAACAAGAGCCCAAAAUGAAGGAAUCUGAUUCCGAGGACGAGGAAAUAGCCUACAACUCUGCUUACAAAACGAAAUGCACAGGAUUGGGUGCUCUUUUGGGGACUCUCCGGGCUGACCCUUCCCCUGAUGUAGACGCCCUUCAGUCCCCUCCAAGUGCUCUCAAAGACAAAAGCUACCUUCAGACAGUUUGUGAUACCGGUGGAGCCAAUGCGGGGCCAAGACUAGUUGCGAGUCAAAGGGUGACCGAAUUCCGUUGUGAUCUCUGCGAUCUGGAGCUCAACUCCGAAUCCAUGUACUUCCAACAUAUUCAGGGUCAGAAACACUCGAAGCGACUGAAAAUACACCAAACGGUCAAUUCCAACGCCAAUCUGCGUACGCUCAUCGAGGAGUCCACAUCUCCUGUAGUGGCCUUGCAUUAUGUUGAAGAGCUCUUACCGGAAAGUCAGAGGAUAAGUUGUUGCGAGCCUCGUUAUUCUUGCACAUUGUGUGGCAUCACGGGACCGUCCCAGAACAUUUAUUCGCACCUCGUUGGAAGUCGACAUCGGACGAAGUAUUUUGUGAUGCGAUUUGGCGCUGACCCUUCUGCCCUCUCCAAAUUGGAUGUGAUGACCAUGGCCAAGGAGCUCGAGGAGCAAGAAGGGCGAAGAACCCAUCUCAUUAGAACAAUCCGGAGUGAUAUCAAAUACCCGUGGCCGGCCGGAAAAGCUCCUUGGAGCGUUGAGCAAGGAGGAUCGGGGGUGGCUCCUCCAGGAUCUGGUGAUGUCAUCUAUAACAGUCAAAAAAUAUGCCUGGAUGCCGAAGGCGAACUGAAACACCAAGGACCGGAAGAAGAGAGACCAUCACGAACCCAAUUGAGACACGUUGUUCAAUCUUUGACUGAAUGUUCCGUGAACUCAUCAGAAGACGCGGAAUUGGCCUUUCAAGCCUCGAGGACACUCAUUCAACGACUUAUCCAGUAUAAAGUUCCGCUAUGUGAACAAUCCAAAGUGACUUCCUUGAAGGCUUGUGGGGACAAUCUGAUCCAAAGCCUGGAAACCAUCAUGAUGAUGCCAACGCAAAAUCCAUCACGACUGGAUUCCGGACCUCGAACCCCGCCCUCGCCAGAUAGAGAUCAUUUCACUAUGAGAAGUCAAAGGAUGGGCAAAAAACGAGCAUAUCCCCUGAGCACUCAAGAUGGUCCAAGUCAUUAUUGAGUAAUGAGCACGUCUCCGUGGACUCCAUUUCUAUGUAUUUCAUGAAUCAUUGCUAGACUUAAAAGCGCCCGCUAGCAAAUCUAAAUUCUGAUUUUCUGA